UUCUAUUCCGAUAUUUCUUAUUUAUUUUAUUGUUAGUGAUCUAAUAUUGAAAAAAUAUCAUUGUCCUGUGAAAAAUCCACAGCUGAUGAGUAGCGAGAAUUAAAAAAUGCUGUCAAGAUUUUUUUCAGCGACUCUCAGAGCUGCUGUUCGAUCUCGAUUUAUCGGGGAAAUUGGACAGUCACAGAAAUGUGGAUUUUUUGAAAGAAAAAAUUUUCUUCAGGAGUUCAAACCAAUUGUUGGGGGAUGUCGAGGAAUUUUUUCUGUUGUGUCGUCAAAGGGAUUCAGUCAGAAUGUUAAAACAUCGCCAAUUAGUCCUCACGGAAAUUUGUUAACAAAAUCUGUGGAAACAACUGUUCUCAAUGGAUGUACUCCUGCUCGUACUGUCAUUAAGUGGACAAAAUCCAGUGGAAAACGACAGACUGUUAAAACGGUUUUAAAAAGAUUCUACAGGUUGAAUUGGGGAAUCUGGAUCAGAACCAAGGCUGGAAGACACAGACGCAGAUGGAGAAAAAGUGGAGCUAAUGCCAGACGUUCUCGUCAACACGUAUUUUGCAACUCGACUCAGUCAUGGAUGCUGGACAAAAUGGUGUCGCCUUACUGGAGAAAACCCAAGUACUGGGUUGACGAUCCCUACACUCCUUAUCACAAACGCGAAGAGUUCUGGGCGACUAGAAAAAAUCCAAUACCUUUAAUUCGAAAGCCGUCGUAAUUAAAAGAUUUAUGAUGAUACAUUAUAAAUAAUAAAUAUACCUACGAAUUCUGAA